AUGCCGUCUCUUCCCCAGCCCAGCUCCCUGAGGGAGCUGCCACAGGAGGAGAAAUUCCAGGUUCUCGACACCCUUUUCGAGUCGUCACCAGAGCUUCACACUCUUAUGGCCCCGAUCCUCGCUAAUCAGACGUUCUCCUCAUACGCAAGCUUGAUCGAUGCCGUGGGAGGCCGGAUGUCGGCACUCUCGGCGGCCAAUUCACCGACCGAUCGAGACAUCCUCGUGGGUAUUCUCGGAUCGCAUCCCCGUCUAGGCCAGCCGAAAGGGACCGCGGCAGAGCAUCUGAGCGAGCUGAGCAAAAGGGAACAGGCGAAUCUCAAUACCGGUGCGGAGGAGCAAGCAGAGAAGUUGCGGUUGUUGAACGCUGAAUAUGAGGCAAAGUUCCCAGGGCUACGAUUUGUGACUUUCGUGAAUGGCCGGAGUCGGGAUGUGAUUAUGGAGGAGAUGCGCGCAAGGAUCGAUCGAGGCGAUACCGAGCGAGAGAUUGAAGAUAUUAUCCAGCUUGAGUACAGUCUCGAUUGGAGGAAAAUCGCCGGCGCCUCCGAAAAAUGA